AUGGCCGACUCAACGCCCUCCAAGAGUGUUUACGAGGGCCAGCAAACAUCCUCUUCAGACGCCACCCUCCCCGAGCAUUCGAUGCCCGAGGCGGAGACCAAAUCCGACGCCGAGGGACACGCGAGUCCCCUGCCCGAAGCCAUCGAGGGAAUUCAUACGGGAGUCUCUGUCAGCCAGGCUGAGGCUGAUUUUGCCCAACUCCAGCGUGAGCUGUCGAGAAUAAGCCGCGUGGAGAGUACCGUUACGAGACGCAGGACGACUGAUGUCGAGAAAGCAGACGCCGCGGUGCCAUCUAGCAUCACCGAUGGCAGCAUCGAGCCGUUCGAUCUCGAGGCCACGCUUCGUGGUGGUCUCGAUGCCGAACGCGAAGCUGGUAUUCGUCCCAAGCACAUUGGAGUUUACUGGGACGGCUUGACGGUCAAAGGAGUCGCUGGCCAGGAUAACUACGUCUCCACCUUUAUCGAUGGAUUCCUUGAUUCCAUUAACGUUAUAUCUCCCCUAGCUAGGCUCUUCGGUCUUGGAAAGAAGGGAAGCGAAGCAACGCUUCUUGACGGCUUCAAGGGUGUCUGCAGCCCGGGCGAGAUGGUUCUUGUUCUGGGUAAACCAGGUUCCGGCUGCACUACGUUUCUGAAGGCAAUUGCCAAUCAGCGAUACGGCUACACUGGUGUUACCGGCGAGGUAUUGUACGGCCCCUUUACCGCGAAGGAGUUCCAGCAAUACCGUGGUGAGGCCGUGUACAACCAGGAGGACGAUAUUCACCACCCCACCCUUACCGUUGAGCAAACCCUUGACUUUGCCCUCGACAUGAAAGUUCCCGGAAAGCGCCCCGCUGGCGUCUCGAAGGCUCAAUUUAAGGAGCAGGUCAUUACCAUGCUCCUCAAGAUGUUUAACAUCGAGCACACUCGUCGUACCGUUGUCGGUGAUCAUUUUAUCCGGGGAGUGUCUGGCGGCGAACGGAAACGGGUGUCCAUUGCCGAGAUGAUGAUCACUAACGCUUGCAUUCUGUCUUGGGAUAAUAGCACUAGGGGUCUGGAUUCGAGUACUGCUUUGGAUUUUGUCAAGUCGCUUCGAAUCCAGACCGAUCUUUAUCGAACGACUACUUUUGUUUCGUUAUACCAGGCUUCUGAGAAUAUCUACAAAGUCUUUGACAAGGUCCUCGUCAUCGAUGGAGGAAAGCAAGUCUACUUCGGCCCAGCAACCGAGGCCAGAAGUUACUUCGAAGGUCUCGGAUUCGCCCCUCGCCCGAGACAGACGACUCCCGACUACUUGACUGGGUGUACCGAUGAGUUCGAACGAGACUAUGCCAAGGGGUAUUCGCCGCAGAAUGCUCCCCACAGCCCCAAGACUCUUGCCGAAGCAUUCGAGAAUUCGGUAUAUCAGCGCAGACUGGACGAUGAGAUGGCCCAGUACAAGACCAAUUUGGAGGUGGAAUCACAAAAACACGAGGACUUCAAGGUUGCUGUGAAGGAAAGCAAGCGGUCUUCGCCGAAGCGAUCCACGUACUCUACCGGUUUCCACAUCCAGGUUGCGGCUCUCGUAAAGAGGCAGUUUUAUCUCAAAUUGCAGGAUAGGAUGGGCCUCGCUCUAUCAUGGCUUCGGAGCAUUGUUAUCGCUAUCGUACUCGGAACUCUCUAUCUCAAACUCGGAACCUCUUCGGCGAGCGCGUUCAGCAAGGGCGGUGUGCUAUUCGUUGCUCUCCUCUUCAAUGCUUUCCAGGCCUUCUCGGAACUUGCCAGCACCAUGUCAGGGCGGGCUAUUGUUAACAAGCACCGGACGUACGCGUUCCACCGGCCAUCGGCGCUCUGGAUCGCACAAAUUCUCGUUGAUCAGGCCUUUUCUGCGACGCAAAUCAUGAUUUUCUCUAUCAUCGUAUACUUCAUGACCGGAUUAUACAGGACUGCAGGCGCCUUCUUCACGUUCUACCUGAUGAUCUUGUCUGGGAACAUCGCGAUGACUCUUUUCUUCCGAAUUGUUGGAUGCGCAAGCCCAGAUUACGAUACAGCCAUCAGGUCUACGGUUUUCCUCAUCACUUGUUUCGUCAUCACAUCCGGUUAUUUGAUUCAGUAUCAGUCGCAACACAAGUGGUUGCGAUGGAUCUUCUGGGUCAAUCCAUUAGGCCUGACGUUCAGCGCCAUGAUGAUGAACGAGUUCAGGAGCGUUAAACUCACGUGCUCAGCAGAGUCACUAAUUCCAUCCGGCCCAGGCUACGACGACAUUGCCUACCAAGUAUGCACUCUUGCCGGUUCCGUCGGCGGUACGGCAAUCGUGAAGGGUGCGGAUUACAUCACGAAAGGGUUCUCAUACGACCCCGCCUACCUCUGGAGGAACUGGGGUAUCGUCUUUUCUCUCAUCGUCUUCUUCCUUAUCAUGAAUGUGGUUCUCGGAGAGUUUAUCAGCUACGGCAUGGGUGGUAACACUGCAAAGGUUUUUGCCCGUCCUAAUGCCGAGCGGACGGAGCUCAACACGGCCCUAAUUAAGAAGCGCGAUGAAAAGCGAAAGGGGGAGGCUGUUGAAGAAUCUUCGGACCUUUCAAUCAAGUCGGAGAGCAUUUUAACCUGGGAAGAGCUCAACUAUGAUGUCCCUACUCCAGCAGGCACCCGGCGGCUCCUCAACAAUGUUUUCGGCUACGUUCGUCCCGGAGAACUCACGGCAUUAAUGGGCGCUUCCGGCGCCGGCAAGACGACGCUGUUGGAUGUCCUUGCGGCCCGAAAGAACAUUGGCGUAAUCUCGGGAUCUGUGCUUGUCGAUGGUGUACAGCCAGGCAAGCAAUUCCAGCGAAGCACCUCCUACGCCGAGCAGCUCGAUCUCCACGACCCUACGCAGACGGUUCGAGAAGCUUUCCGAUUCUCUGCGGAUCUCCGCCAGCCCCUCGAGACGCCCCAGAGUGAAAAGUAUGCAUAUGUUGAAGAGAUCAUUUCCCUUCUCGAGAUGGAGGACAUUGCGGAUUCGAUUAUUGGAACGCCAGAGAGAGGUCUCACGGUAGAACAACGCAAGCGUGUAACUAUUGGCGUCGAGCUUUCUGCCAAGCCAGAGCUCCUCCUCUUCCUCGACGAGCCUACUUCUGGUCUUGAUAGUCAGAGCGCGUUCAACAUUGUGCGAUUCCUCAAGAAAUUGGCUGCCGCCGGGCAGGCUAUUCUCUGCACGAUUCACCAGCCGAACGCGUCACUAUUCGAGAACUUUGACAGACUCCUCUUGCUCCAGCGCGGCGGACGCACGGUCUAUUUCGGAGACAUCGGUCAGGAUGCUUACAUCUUGAGGAGCUAUUUGAAGAGACACGGUGCGGUUGCUGGCAAAACUGACAACGUGGCCGAAUUUAUGCUCGAGGCCAUUGGUGCAGGCAGUUCCCCACGAGUCGGCUCUCGUGACUGGGCAGACAUUUGGGAAGACAGCCCCGAGUUCGCCCAGACGAAGGAGACCAUCAAGCAGCUCAAGGAGGAGAGGGUCCGCGCUACUGCGUCCGCCGUCAAAGACACUGAGAAGGAAUACGCCACGCCGUUUAUGCAUCAGCUCAAAGUGGUUACCACUCGCAUGAACAAGGCUUUCUGGAGGUCGCCAAACUACGAGUUCACCAGGCUGCUCAACCACCUGAUUGUCGCGCUCUUGACUGGUCUGACGUACUUGAAUCUUGACAACUCCCGAUCUUCGCUGCAGUACAAAGUGUUCGUCAUCUUCCAGGUUACUGUCCUACCUGCUUUAAUUAUUGGACAGGUCGAAGUUAUGUACCAUGUGAGACGCGCCAUCUUCUUCCGCGAGUCCUCGUCAAAGAUGUAUUCUCCGUUCACCUUUGCCGCAUCUAUCGUUAUUGCGGAGGUUCCUUACUCAAUCCUGUGCGCCAUCAUCUUCUUCUUGCCCCUGUACUACAUCCCAGGGUUCCAGCACGAGUCCUCGCGCGCUGGGUUCCAGUUCUUCAUGAUUCUCAUCACGGAAAUGUUCUCCAUCACCCUCGGCCAGGUUGUCGCGUCGCUUGCGCCGUCCGCGUACAUGUCAGUGCAGUUUGACCCGUUCAUCAUGAUUACAUUCGCGCUUUUCUGCGGUGUCACGAUUCCGAAGCCGCAGAUGCCUGGAUUCUGGAAGGCGUGGCUCUACCAACUUGACCCUUUCACAAGACUUAUCUCGGGCAUGGUCACCACGGCCCUCCAUAAGCUGCCGGUUGUAUGCAAGCCCCAUGAGCUCAACAACUUCAGGGCGCCGGAUAACAUGACCUGUGGCGAGUACAUGCGCAACUACUUUAGCAACGGAGGGUUGGGGUACCUCGUCAACGAGGACGCCAGUGACUGUCAGUACUGCGCGUUCCGUGAGGGUGACCAGUUCUACGAGACUCUGGAUCUCAGCUUUGGCCACAGGUGGAGGGACUUGGGUAUCUUCCUCGCUUUUAUCGGCAGCAAUUUGAUUAUCCUCUCCCUUGCGAGCCGAUACAUCAACUACAACAAGCGAUAA